AUGAAUCUUGAGGAUAGAGUGACCCAUGCUUACAUGAACGAUGCGGCUGUUUCCGUAGCUUCGACUCCAACGACCUUAUUUACAGCGGCAGAUGGAUCUAUCAAAGUAUUUGAUUUGAUCAACACAACUUCGGAACCUGAAAUUGUCAAUACAUUGGAAAAGGUUAAAGACUUUGACAUUAGAGUGCUCAACGAUAAAGCGUACGGAUUGGUAUGCGGUGGUUCUGAUUGUUCAUAUCAUAACUUAAGUAAUUUCUUGGGCAUCAAUAAUAAACAUAGGCAUAAUGAUUCCAUAAUUAGUGAAAUGAAGAAGAUUUGGAGGAGUGAGGCAAAAAUAACACAGGCUAUUUUCACACAUGGUGGACAGAGGGCAUGCAUUGGAGAUUUGGCUGCCAAUAUGGUGAUCAUUGAUAUUUCCAAUCCAACUGAUAGUACUACAUUUGGCAAAGUUACUGAAAAAAUCAAAGUGAAUGGGGAAAUUGUUGGAUUAUCUUACAGCUAUGCAGUUGAUCUAAUGGCUGUCACAGUAGCGGACGGUGGAAUCUAUAUUUAUUCAAUGAGCUCAAAUAACACAGAGAGAAGGGCCAGUUUGGGCACUCUGGUAGUUGACAAGAGAGUUGCAUUAACUCAUGAAAUGGGGUUGGUUGAUGAUGAUGAUUCUGACUUAAGCGAUCUCUCAGACACCAACUUCGAUGAUGAGGAUUCUAUGUUUACAGAGACAACGAUGGGAGUCGGUGGUAAGAACUCUAGAAACAAGACUAACAACCUAAUAAAAUUUGCAUCUUCUAAAACUGCUUGGAAUCCCGUUGGGGAUGUAUUAGCUGUACCAAACAAGAAUUACAAGAUUGACUUCUAUAAUGUUGUCAAUUGGGCGGUUCCAGCAUUUACACUAUACGCAGGUGGCAAUCAUCAUAAAAAUUACAUCAGUGGGUUGGCGUACUCCCCAGAUGGUAAAUAUUUAGCUAGUAUUAGUUUAGAUAAAUCCUUGAUUAUUUGGGAUAUUAAGGACAAGAAGAUCAAGGGUAAGGUCGGUCUACCCUUUAUUGGCUGUGAUAUCACAUGGUGUGACAAUUCUAGUGUUGCUAUUGGUUCCAAUAAAGGUGACGUUUUAACCAUAGACAAAUCAACAUUCAUAGACAUCAUUACGCCUAAAUUAGUACCUGAAAAGGAGAUCAAUGACACCACUGGUACUGUUGAUAUUGCUAAUGGGAAGGGUGUAAACAAUAAUGUUACUGGUGAUUCCGAUGAUUCCGGUGAUGAUGUUAAUAUAUCAGACGAUGAAGAGGAAGCUGAAGAAGAAAGAUUGGAUAGACGAAAUUCGCAAGAUCUAGAUGACUUCAUUAUUGAUGAUGAGACAAAUACAGAUUCUCGUAGAAGGUACAGAGACAAUGAUUCACAAUCUACUGAAUUAACUGAUUUUAAUAAGCGUGCAAGAAGGGAAACGGGGAACGAUGAAAAUCAUUUGUACAAGCUGAAUGUUAGAUCAGGAUGGGGCAGGUCACUAACAAAGCCUUAUUCUGUUGGUUCCACUCCAUGGGAGGGAUCUGACCGAAGAUAUCUUACAAUAACACCUAUUGGAUGUGUUUAUACAGUUAAAAUCCAAAGUGUUUACAAGGUGACAGUGUUAUUUUUUGAUGAAGAAAAGCAUCGUAAGUAUUUUUUUGACGAUUUAAAUGGCUUUGACAUUUGUUCAAUUAAUGAUCAGGGUUCAGUCUUUGCAACAUCCGGCUACAAGAAACAAAAAGGAUUUAUUGCAAGAAUUGAGUACAAAGAUCAUUCAAACGGUAAAACAGGUGAAACUCAGUGGAUUCGAGACAUUGCUCUAAGACCAUAUGAAUUUAUUACAUGUGUUAGCGUUUAUGGUAAUAAUAUUUUUGUCUGCACGAAUAAAGGUUUUGUGAGGAGAUAUAAUUUAUAUGGUCGUUUACAAAAUAUCAUGAUGAUGGAUUGUGUCGUGGGUAUCAUGAACAAUAAUAACUACGUUUUCACGGUAAUCAAAAGAACGAUAGGUAGCGGUUAUUUAUUCAAUAUUCAAGAUUUAGAUGGUGAAUAUAUUCAGCAAGAAGUCGGCCUACCGUUAAUCACUGAGAAUGAUUUUGGUGAAGAUCAAUGUGAUAUACCUGUAAAAAGCAUGUUUUUUUCAUCUGAGGGAGAACCAUGUCUUGUAAGAAAUGACGGAAUACUGAUGGUUUUAACCAGAUGGAGAGAUUCCAACAGCAAACCCGUAUGGAAGCCUCUGUUGGACAUUCAGGAAGGAGUGUCACGCGCUGGUAGAGGUACAGAAUUGAAGGCAUGGCCGUUAGGGUUAUUCGGUGAUAAUUUUAUGUUUGUCCCAUUCAGAGGUACCAAAUUCCCAAUUUUCCCAUUGCUAACACCUAUGAAUGUCGAUGUUCGUAUUCCGCUGAACUAUUAUGAUCCUAAUAAACGGAAACCAAUUCGAGAAAUCGAUGAAGAAGAUAGAGAACUAUUCGGUGAUGAGGAAAACGAAAUUGAAGAGCCUCAGAUAAACAAGGCCGAAGAGGCAGAAGAACAAUUCUUACGCACACUUGUACUUGCCGAGAUUCUCAAUGAUGCAAUUUCCAAUAACGAGGUUGAAAGUUCCGAAGGUCUGGAAAAGUUGCAAUUGUUAUCCCUUGAUUAUGAUAAGGCAUUAUUAAUUCAGAUUGAUGAUGCAUGUUCAAGUGGUGAUUCAGAUGAUGCAUAUGAAUUGUGUAAGAUGCUCCGUGAUUCGCGGGCCCUAAAUGCUGCUCAAAGGCUAGCUGAAAUGAAGAGCAUGGCUGGAUUAGCCAGACGUAUCAUGAAUUUACGUGAAGCUAGAAUGGCUGAGGAAGAACAUGAUGUUCUAGAAGAGGAGUAG